AUGCGCCGCGCCAGCCGAGACUACAGCAAGUACACGCGAGGCUCGGAGGAGAUGGGCAGCGGCGGCCCCGGCGCCCCGCACGAGGGCCCCCUGCACGCCCCGCCGCCCGCGCCGCCCGCCGCCGCCGCCGCCUCGCGCUCCGUGUUCGUGGCCCUGCUGGGGCUGGGGCUGGGCCAGGUGGUCUGCAGCGUCGCCCUGUUCCUCUACUUCCGAGCGCAGAUGGAUCCUAAUAGAAUAUCAGAAGAUGACACAUACUGCAUCAAUAAAAUUUUCAAACUCCACGAAAACACAGAUUUGCAAGACACAAGUCUAGAGAGCCAAGACACAAAAUUAAUACCUGAUUCUUGUAAGAAAAUCAAGCAGGCCUUUCAAGCAGCUGUGCAGAAGGAAUUACAACAUAUUGUUAGAUCGCAACAUAUUAGAGCAGAAAAAGUGAUGGUGGAAGGCUCCUGGGCAGAUCUGGCCAGAAGGGGCAAGACUGAUAUCCAACCCUUUGCUCAUCUCACGAUUAAUGCCACUAACAUCCCAUCAGGUUCCCACAAAGUGAGUCUGUCCUCUUGGUACCACAACCGAGGAUGGGCCAAGAUCUCCAACAUGACUUUCAGCAAUGGAAAGUUGAUAGUUAACCAAGAUGGCUUUUAUUACCUCUAUGCCAACAUUUGUUUUCGACAUCAUGAAACUUCAGGAGACCUAGCUUCUGAGUAUCUUCAGCUGAUGGUGUAUGUUGUUAAAACCAGCAUCAAAAUCCCGAGUUCUCAUACCCUGAUGAAAGGAGGAAGCACCAAAAACUGGUCAGGAAAUUCGGAGUUCCAUUUUUAUUCCAUAAACGUUGGGGGAUUCUUUAAGCUACGGUCUGGUGAAGAAAUAAGCAUUGAGGUAUCCAAUCCUUCCCUUCUUGAUCCAGAUCAAGAUGCGACAUACUUUGGGGCUUUUAAAGUUAGGGAUAUAGAUUGA